AUGGAGCAGAAGAUCAGGGUCAUCAAAAGGAAUGUGAAAUUCCCCAUGAAGGGCCCUUCUGUGACCUCAUGUGGAGUGGCCCUGAAGAUAUUGAAACAUGGGCAGUCAGUCCAAGAGGAGCAGGCUGGCUCUUUGGAUCCAGGGUUACUUCUGAGGUAUGGUCUGCACCAAAUUACUCGUCGUGGAUAUGUAGCGUCAAUUUUGAGCUUCAAUGAGAAUAUGGAGAGAGAAGUGAAGUUCUUCACUGAAACUGAGGAAAACAACCAAAUGAGAGGACCCAGGACAGGAGUACCUCACUUCUUGUAGUUGGAUACUAGUGCUUGGUCUAUUGAUAAUGAGAAUAUUUUUAAGAGGUGGUGGUGUGAUUUUCCCGGUGGGGAUUACGAAGAAAUGGUAAGAAUGUUUCUCAAGUGGCGCUGAGUACAAGCUCAGAAGACGGCUGCGCACCUAGGUGAUUAUUAGGCCGAAAUUGCAUUUGCAUAGUUUGUGUUGUGUAUUAGAGAUGCUUGGAGAUUGUUACUUUUUGAUCUUUAUAAUUAAAAAAUAUGUAAGAUGAUUGGUACGUUGUUUCCAUAUGUGAGCUAGACUAAUUGUUUGCCGUUGUGGCUUAGACAAAUAGUUUUCCAAAGCUUUGGUUUUAGGCUGGUGGUAAGUUGCCUAUAGGAGAGCAAUAAUUUCUUCUUCAGUGACCAUUGUUUUGUUGUUGAUCUUAUCAUUUUGAGAGGAUCUAUAUCUGGACUUAAUUUCUGUAAAGUUUCGAUUGAUCUUUUUUAUUUAUUUUUUCUUCCCCUGUUUGGUGUC